CCGCCGCGGCUGGGAACGUUGCGGGUUAACUUGCUCCUUGCUCCCAACCGUGGUUUUCGCAGACAACUCGGUGUUUCCCUUGCGGAGCAGCAGUUGGGCACGUUUGCUCAAAUGGAUGGCUCGUAAAGGAAAGAUGGAUUAUGCCACCGGUGGCUGUUUUGGCGUCAGUCUUAGUACGCGGAAAAGAUCUGUAUCGGGAAGGUUUUCUCCUUGGGGAAGUGAAAGGUGAAGCCAAGAACAGCAUAACUGAUUCCCAGAUGGAUGAUGUUGAAGUUAUUUAUACAAUUGACAUUCAGAAAUACAUUUCAUGCUAUCAGCUUUUUAGCUUUUAUAAUUCUUCCGGUGAAGUAAAUGAGCAGGCACUGAAGAAAAUAUUAUCAAAUGUCAAGAAGGAUGUGGUUGGUUGGUACAAAUUCCGACGUCAUUCAGACCAGAUCAUGACAUUUAGAGAGAGACUGCUUCACAAAAACUUACAGCAGCAUCUUUCAAGCCGGGAACUUGUUUUUCUGUUACUAACACCAAGUAUAAUAACGGAAAGCUGCUCUACUCAUCGACUGGAGCAUGCCUUAUAUAAACCUCAGAAAGGACUUUUUCAUAGGAUACCUUUAGUGGUGGCCAAUCUAGGCAUGUCCGAACAACUGGGUUAUAAAACUUCAUCUGGUUCCUGUACAUCCGCUGGUUUCAGUCGAGCAGUAAAAACACACAGCGCUGAAUUUUUUAAAGAAGAUGGAUCUUUAAAGGAGGUACAGAAGAUAAAUGAAAUGUAUACUUCUUUACAAGAUGAAUUAAAGAGUAUAUGUGAAAAAGUGGAACACAGUGAGAGAGCCGUAGAAAAACUAUUAAAUGAUGUAAAUAGAUUAAAAGGAGAAAUUAAAAAAAGAAAACAAGCACAGAUGCAAGCAACACGAGAGAAGAAUGUCCAAAAAGACCCUCAGGAGAACGUUUUGCUUUGUCAAGCUUUACGGACCUUUUUUCCAGAUUGUGAACUUCUUCAUUCAUGUGUUAUCUCCUUGAAAAAUAGGCGCAUUUCUGGAAGUAGCUGUACUACCACCCACCCUCUCAGUGGGGUAGACAACCUAACCCUAAUGGUGGAAUACACAGACUUUCCUGAAGCUAGUCCAGCUCGUAGUGCCCUGCCGGUGACCAAGCGGAAAGCCUCAGACACGGAUGAUGGGUGGCAGUUCAAGAAGUCACGGCUGGGAGAGAUACAGACCAGACCCUCUAAAACAGAUAGCAGUAGUACUAACCAAGAAAGAGCAUCCACAGUGAGCAGCCCAGAAACAGAUGAAGAGGUUGAGAGAAUGAAGGGUUCUGGUGAAUAUCCAGAGUCUCCUACCUUCUGAUUCUUUUGGGCCUAAAGGAGAUUUUUGAUCAGCUGAAGGGGAAAGCCGGAUGUUUUUUGUUUUUUUUUUUUACUGUGUUCAGCUCUAAGAAUUUGAGUACAGAACAAGCCUGGUAAUGCAGUGUGUUUGGAUCAGCACUUGUUCAGUUAGGUGAAAAAGCCCAUUAAGUGGGACCCAAAUGAUACAUGUAAAUAUGAAUGGUGUCUAUCACAGAGAUUCCAUUUUAACAUAAAGCAGAAGCAUAUAUUCAUUUGUCAAACUUUUGUCGGGCCAGGAACAUUUUUUAUGACUCUGCUGGGGUUCCUGGGCUUCCCUGGUGGCUCAGCUGGUAAAGAAUCUGCCUGCGGUACAAGAGACCUGGGCUCAGUCCCUGGGUUGGGAUGACCCCCUGAAGAAGGGAAGAACACCCAUUCCAGUAUUCUUGCUUGGAGAAUGCCAUAGACAGAGAAGCCUGGCAUUCUAUAGUCCAUGGGGUCACAAAGAGUGGAACACACCUGAACAACUAACACUACUGGAGUUCUAUGUGAAUCACAUCCAUUACUUAGGUAAGCCCCAGUUUUAGUUUCUUUAAAGACAUUUGCAAAGCAGCCUAAGUACAAAAGGCUACUAGGGUUUUUUCAUUUCCCACUCCCAAUCUUAUUUGUCUUAACCACACCUAAUUUGACUUUUUUUAAACUUAGUUGCCUUUAAUCAGGUCUUCUCAAAGCAUUUUACUUGGUUUUCAUUGCAAUAGUAAUGUCUUUUUAAUGCUUAUAUUCAUCAGUACAAAAACAGAACUGACACAGAUCUGGGAACAAAAGAAUUGAUUCUUGGUAAUACAGAACUCAACAGAUAAAGAGAGUUGUGGGCUUCCAUGUGGUUUUUGAGGAGGAUGUAAAGCCCCUGUUCAGUGAGUUGGUUAAGUGGAGGUUGGUUAAGAGCACUUUUAUGGUUUGGUUUUUGUAUGUCUUUUCCAUAACAGAAUUUCCCAUGAAGACACAUCACAUGAAGCCUUCAUGUUUUACUCUCUGGGUGAAAUGCUGAACCCACACAUUGCUCUUCCAUCAGUGACUUCCUAAGUGAUGGUUUUUUUAAUAUUAGCUAUGAAUUUGCUGUCAUCUUUUAUUUAUGUGUUAACAGACAUUAGUUACUGUGGGGCGCUUAUGGAGCCCACAUAGUACCUGGGAUGAUGUGUACAAAUCAUGAGUUGCUGUUGGGAUUGCUUCACUGGUUACUUAAGCAGCACAGGACAGGAGAGGAAAUAGGGUUCUGUCUGAGCCCUAAUUUUAAAAUAAGCUUGAUGUCCCAACCUUCAGGGAAUGAGGAGAAAAAGAAUGCUUGUAAGACAUUUUUUUCUCAUUCUCUGUCUUUUGGGGAUUUGUUUGUAUUACUGGAGUAAGAGAUGUAGAACAGAUUGCGUACGGAUCAGCUUAUUUAGAGGACACUACUAGUUUAUGAUAGACUAGUCCAGAGCUGAGUGUUGGGUCCUGUGACAGACUGCACCACUGGCCAUCCCCAUGUGACAUCUGCAGAGAGAAGACGCCUGGUCCCAGUCAGGCUUACUUACCUGCUUGUUAGGAAAUCUUCCUUAACAAUUUCAAAUCCACACCCCAUCCUGUGGGAUUUGUACAUUAUACAAGCAUCCCACUGCCCUGCACCCAUACUCUACAAUCCUGUUUACAACACAAAAUCUGGGGAUAAAGUCAAGUUCCAGUACAAGUCAGCCCUGCCGUGUUUGACAUCACAUUGUCAGCAGUGUGUUGUAUGAACUGUUUGGGGGGCCAGAUUUAAGUGAAAACUCCACAGUAACAAUUUUUUAAAUGUAUGUGUAUGUUAAAUGUAACAAGUGUUAACAUUUUAAAAUAAUAUGUGUAUGUAAAUGUGACAAGUAUUAACAUUUUAUUUUAUUUUAAAGUAUUAACAUUUUAAAUAAUCUGAUUUACCUAGUGAGCAUUCUGAUAUGAAGAGGAAGCCUCACUCCUGAAACACUUUUUACUCAUGAUCCCAAAUUACUAUAAGAAUUAAAAACUUAAUACUUUAUAGUUUGACAAGAUUUAGCCUGUUAGUUUUUCUACUCAGUGGUUAUUAAAUCUUAUAGUUUGAGCCAGUAUUAGCACCACACAACCACUUAUUGCAAAAUACGUUUAUUGUAAUAACUUUAUGUAAUUUACUCCCUAUAUUUGAUGUUACAAACUUUAGGGUCUUUGAGAUAGGCAGGAUCCUUGUAUGUAACUGGCAUAAACCCUGUGAAGAAAGAAUGAAAGUUCUUCACAAAAGACAAUGAGCAAAAUUUUGUUUAGCAUAAUUCAGUUUUUCAGAUGUUCUUACCCAAUAUUUGAGCUCUCUUAAUUGCUUUUGUGAUUUCUUUUUGUUUCUUCCCACAAAGACCUAUAAAAGAAAAUACUUUCUUAUUCAUAAAAAAAUGCCAACAUUCAAAACACAUGACAGUUAUGUCACAGAAUGGCUGGAAAAACUGUAUAAGAGCCUUAGAAUAAGUAUCUUGGGCUUUGUGGGCCACAAGGUCUCUGUCAUCAUUAAUUCUGCUCUUGUAGCUCAGACAUUGUGGAAACUAAGCUAUUUAGCAAGUGGCAGAUCCAAUCUGGCCUGUAGGCAAUAGGCCCCUGGUUUAAAUGAGAGCCUGAGGAUGACUAUACAGUGUAUUCCAGAACAGCAAAGCCCGAGUUCUCUCUGUUGUCACCCUAUAUAGUUAGCUGAGUAUAAGAAGAUACGCAAAAUAAUUACCCUUUCAGCCUCAGAAGAGACUUUCUCAAAGUAUCCAUAGUUUUUGGUCUAAUAGUAAUUUGUGGCAAUAUUUGAAAAUCUGCCCAUUUUUUAAAAUAACAGAAGUAGGCUUAUCUACGUUUAAAUUGCUGUAAUAGAAAACAAAAUACCUGUUAUGUGCCUUCCAUAAAUGCAUCCAGUAAAUGGAGAAAUAAACUGGGAUAAAAGCUGGUUUGAGUUAUAUUUGGAAAGGAAAAAAAUUUUACGUUAAUACACUUGUAUUCAACCUUGUGUACAUUUCAAAACACAAACCUUAUGUCACCUUCAAGCUAUAAAAGGCUUAUUAAUAAAUUUUAGACAAACUUCAAAAAUACAAAUAAAAACACUGAGUUAUGUUCAUUCUA